AUGUUGAGCUCACCAGCCGACAAUGUACCAGGUGAUGGUUCCUCAGAGCCUCGAUACUCAAAUGCUAUAACAGCAAAUUUUCCUGUAUAUGCAAAUCAGGAGAUCAAUACGUUGGCCGACACGCAAUUUCCUGUUUCACAAUACUCGGAUCAAGAGACUACAAUGCAACCACUAGAAGACUGGAGUUACCCGAUGUACUUUGAGAAUAUCAUCAUGCCACAAGAGCUCCAGAUAGAUCUAGAAGCACCGACACAAGAGAUUCCGGAUGUUGCACGGUAUAUGCAGGACGACGAUCUCUGGUCCACUAACCUGGAUUUCUCAAAUAUCAACAAUCUGGACUUCUUUAGUGCCAAUGUGUUCAAUUUUGAUGCCAGUCUCACGCCCAACCCGGAACAGCUGGCUCUCAACGCGGCUAACAUCCCAGCACAUACUGCGGACUCGCCUGCAUCCGUCGUGAGUCAAAAUUCCCUUCGAGCACGAUUCGAUGCCUUUCGCCGCUCACCCUGGCUUUGGACACCCUCAUUACGACAGCAUGCGUUUAGCGAGCAAAGCAAUAUUGCCAUUCAGAAUAACGACAUUGCUUUGACCAGUCCCUCAGCUGACCCUGGGGAAGAAGUUGUGCUCCUAGACAAGAUCGGGUCAGCAACACGAGACAAGAUUCUCCAACUCGUGAUUGAAACCUCUCAGUCGAAAGUCUCAAUCCCUGCAUUCCCGUCGCAUGAAGUUCUCGAUACAUUGAUGAAGAUUGGUAUCACCAAAAGAGUCAAAACGGACUCGUGGCUGCAUCUGGGAACGUUCCGUUGUGGGCAAAGCCGACCGGAACUGCUCACAGCGCUUGUGGCUGCAGGUUGCGUGUGCCUGGGUGUCAUAGAAAUUAGCAAGAUGGGGCUUUUGUUUCAGGAGAUUGUUCGUCUGUCCCUUGAAUCCUUGGCCCUAAGGCGUGCUGGAGCUUUCGAUCGAGCGAUGUACCAUAAUAUCAUCCCCUAUCUCGAAGAUGACAACGCAACUUUGACGGAUAAGUGGCAUCGAUGGGCACGAGAAGAGUCUUUCAGAAGGGCUGCGCUCUGGGAAGCUUCAUCCGCACAUACUUGGAGAUCCGUUUAUCUCUCCGAUAGUGAAAAUGACGUUUGCCAGGCUUCAGAAGUGUCUUUGCAAGAUCUCAUUUGUCGACCACGCCUCUUGGAGACAAUGGUCCCCGGAUUUGAAGUACCUCGAGCCAGUUCGUUGUUGCUCCAUGGGUUGGCAGGUCAGAUUUUUGAAUUCCGUAAGGACGCCAAGAUUGCGGCCGCCGCUGGAGAUCAAUGUAGUGCAAGCGUGAGGUUAUGUUUGAAGAUGCGAGAGGAAAAUCUAUACCAAGACCUCACGCUAUUGGCGUCGUCUGAGCACAACAAUCCAGCAAGUGUCCUGUUCAGAGAAUUCCUGUUGAUGCUGCUUUAUGUGGACCUUGACGACGUGCAGCGGUUUGCCGGUAAGCAUGGAGAAGGAGAAGCUCGUCGGGCUUAUGCUCUCCUCGAAUCUUGGUAUAUCGAAGAGCGAUCCAGGAAUGCUGCCUUCCACGCAGGGCAAGUGCUGAGAGCCGGUAUCUCUGUGCCGAAAUAUGGCUUGCGUGGAUUUGAGGCCAUCGCAUUGUAUCAAGCAACACUGGUGCUUUGGGUUUACGGUGUACUCAAAUGCACCGUCAUACUGCCCAAGUCGACGAGGACGAAGUUGAAUGGCCCAGCUGUCAGUUCAAGCUCUGCUUCUGGUUCUACCGGAGCCGCAAGCAACACUAGCAGUAAUGAUGACCGGCGAGUCUUCCUCGAUGGUCCCAUCAAUGUAGAUGUCAAACGCUUUAUCGAGCUUGGCCGCGGUGCUCCCGGGUUACGUCUACAACGAGGCAAUACGGCAGCAGACGAAAUCUCACCGCACGAACAGUUUUGCGAUUUGAGAAAAUCACAGAUGGUGAUGGCGGUCGGAGUAAGUGUGCUGGAGAGUAACGUCGCAAACGUGGGUGGCAAUAAUGAGAAGACUCUUCCACCUUUACCACAGCGUCUGAGGGAUUUGAUGCGGGAGCUGGGUGCAUUGCCUGGGGUACAAGUCGUUUAA